CCACGCCUCCCCUGCUUCCCAGACUCCGCCCUCCGGUGCUCUCGUCUUCCUGUGUGUGAGUGUAGAGGCGCGUGGAGACGCCUCGGCAGCGACUGCGUUCGUGGGAACUUGCAGGCUUCGGUACAUUGAUUGCCUCACCUUAAUCCUGGCCCCAGGUUACAUGAAUCAUGUGUAUUCAGUGUUGAAGGGGACUGUUGAAGGAUGUGAAUCCUAGGAGGCAGGAACACUGGGCUCAUCUUAGGGGUGGCCACCAUAAGGUACCAACAGGAGUUGCAGCUGCUGACAAAGGUGUGUGAUCAGGCCCUCCAGAAGAGGUGAUCCUGCUGGAGAAGGUGGAGUAUGGUGAGCUGCUUGCUAAGGACAGCCAGGCAACACCAUGUCUGUGAAGAGGUGCUCCACCUUCUCCCCUGAGCAUUCCUGCUCCUUCUGCUGAAAGAGCUGAGCUUGCUGUUUGGAUUUCUUAGACUUCUGGCCCCCGAGAGACGCCUCUAAGGACAAGCUGACCUUGAAUUGGGAACUUUCUUAUCCAGAUCCUCAUAGGCUUUGUCUACUCUGGAUUGCUCAUUGCAACAAUUCUUAGGAAGCAAGAUUGUCUUCUGUAUCAGCAUCUGCCUGUGUUGGCUUUUAGCUACUCUGAAUGAGACCCAGUGAGGGCCCAGCCCCGUUGGUCCUGAAAACCCGGAACCCUGAGGCUGUUUCUCCUGUCUCCAAAACGCAUUUAUAGAAAAUAAGAGGCAUAGAAACAGUGAAAACAACCAAAAGGAGAAACAAGAAAACCUAAAAUGUUCAAUAUUUAAAAAUACCUGUUGUGGUUGAUGCAGAGAACACUGAGUUCGUCAGAGAACUUUUUAAUUUUUGGCCAGAGAAUUCCUUUGCUACAGGAACUGAUGUGUUUUGUCUUCCUGGCCUAGUCAAGGGAGGAUAAGGAAGUAUCUUGGGCAUGGAAGGAAUGCACUCAGGCCGUGGUGCUUGUAUCUGACUCAGUCCUGACUCUCCAGUGAAGCAGAAAGAAAGAAACAUCACACCACCCAGGUGUGGCCAGACUUUGGCCAUGACUGAGAAUCCCCAAGCGUUACUGUAGUCUCUUCCCAAAUAUACAUUUAAUCUUGCGGUUCAAAUAAACUUUGGCUCACAUCUACACUGUAGAAGAAAAGACAUGAUGAGGCGGGAAGAGGAGGAAGAGGAGGGAACCAUGAUGAAGGCAAAAGGAGACUUAGAGAUGAAGGAAGAGGAAGAGAUUAGUGAGACAGGAGAAGUGGUUGGCCCUUUUGUGAGUGCUAUGCCCACUCCAGUGCCCCACAACAAGGGCACCCGGUUUUCUGAGGCAUGGGAGUAUUUCCACCUGGCUCCUGCUCGUGCUGGGCACCAUCCCAACCAAUAUGCCACCUGCCGCCUGUGUGGCAGGCAGGUGAGCCGGGGCCCUGGGGUCAACGUGGGCACCACAGCCCUGUGGAAGCAUCUGAAAAGCAUGCACAGAGAGGAGCUGGAGAAGAGUGGCCAUGGUCAGGCUGGGCAGCGCCCGGAUCCAAGGCCCCACAGGCCCCAGCUCCUCACAGGCAUUGAAGGUGCCUGGGGCAGGCUCCUGGAGCAGGUGGGUGCCAUGGCUUUGUGGGCCAGCCAAAGGGAAAAGGAGGUGCUUAGGAGAGAAAGGGCAGUAGAGUGGAGGGAGAGGGCUGUGGAAAGAAGGGAGCGAGCCCUGGAGGAGGUGGAAAGGGCCAUCCUGGAGAUGAAGUGGAAGGUGAGGGCUGAGAAGGAGGCAUGCCAGCAGGAUGAAGAGCCACCUGCAGCAGUACAUCCCUUCCCUUUUGUUUAAAUUGGGCUUGGAGCAUCAAUUCUGCACACAUUGGCUGUAGAGUUCUAGAAAGAGCCAUUUUAGUUUCAACUCAAAUGUAAAGCAAAGUAGUUUAGUGACAUUUUGCUUUUAUGUGAAAUAAUGCACAGUCCGAAUUAAUCUGAGCAGGUCUGAAUUCACCAAAUGCUUAUCUACAGGCUUCCUAGAGCUGUGCUAACCCUUUGCCGAAACUCUAAAAUGUACCUGCUGAAGAUAAAGGCUUUUACCAAAAUAAAACUCUGAGUUGUUUCAGGGCAGAAUAUACCAGGCAGUCAGCAUUGUUUAACAAAAUAAUCAGAUUUUUGCCUAGCACUCAGUUUUGGUGGAGCUGAAGAUUUUGAUGGGCUGAGGCUGGUUAGGUAGCUGGAAUGUGCCUAUGUGACCAGCUCACUUGCAGAUAUCCUGCCAGAAGCACAGCUUAAUCCUCCUUGGACUGAGGUCAUAACACAUAUCCUGGUGGUGCUUCCAGACCACCAGUGUGAAUACAAAACUUGUUCUGUGUGACCCAGCAAGUAGAAGGACGAUUGUGAGCCUGAGAUCUUUGGACCCUUCCAAUGCAUAUCUUUCUCCUGUUUCUGCUGUGAUGUGCCGUCUUGCUCAUAUUAAACGUGUUUCAUCAGU